GGAGAAGGAAAGCAUUUGGGAAUGGCUACGUAUGUCCCAUUGCACAAAACGACAAAAGAAAAGUAGCGCGCGUGCCCACUUUCUCAGAUUCCUCACUCGCCUGCUAAUUUGAUUUGCCGAGGAGAAAAAGAGACGUCUCAUGCUCUGUUAUAUGCUUGCUGUCUUUUCAGGGAGGUGGUGGGGAUUGUUUUCAGACGAGCACCAACGCGACCCAAACCAACGAAAGCCUGAUGGUGAUGGAGCACCAGGUGGCCAAGUUGAUGGAGGAGGACAUGGGUGCCGCCAUGCAGUAUCUUCAGGGGAACGGGCUUUGCCUCAUGCCCAUCUCCCUCGCCGCCACCACCACCACGACCACGACCACGACCACGACCACGCGUCGUUCCGGUAAUCCAAUGAUCAGCAACAAUGCCGGCAAUCCCAAUGGGAACCCAUUACUCAACGGGGAAGUGCCUUCCUCGCCCAGCAUGUCUGUGUUGACCGUCCAGUCUGCCACCAAGGGGAACGGCGGCAUCAAUGGCUCCGUCAAGGACGCUGCAUCCAUUCCGAGCCGUAGUGUACCCGUUGACUGAGUUGUGAUCGGUGUCUGUAAAUGGGGAUUGUGAUGUGCGAGGGUCCAAAGUUCAAACUUCAAAUUCAAUGGGGGGCGUCUCUCUUCGGGAUUGCUGUGCUAAUUUGUCCAAAGACAGAACACAGACACCAUAUCUACGCACAAUUUGGCUGUAACAACUUUACCGACGCCAACACUACCAAAUUCAAGAUGAUGACUUUCACGCUUCUUAAAAUUAAGGAAAACGAAGGAA